CUGGGCCCUGCGGAGCGGGAGGGACUGGAGCGCAGGAGCGAGCGGAGCGCCGUCGCCGGAGCUGAGCCGAGCAGAGCCGCCCGCCGCUCGCCAGCCCGCCCGCCAGCCCGCGCUCCAGUCCGCCGUGUCUAGCAGCGGGGCCCAGCAUGGUCAUGGCGGAUGGCCCGAGGCACUUGCAGCGCGGGCCGGUCCGGGUGGGGUUCUACGACAUCGAGGGCACGCUGGGCAAGGGCAACUUCGCCGUGGUGAAGCUGGGGCGGCACCGGAUCACCAAGACGGAGGUGGCGAUAAAAAUAAUAGAUAAAUCUCAGCUGGAUGCCGUGAACCUUGAAAAGAUCUACCGAGAAGUACAAAUAAUGAAGUUAUUAGACCACCCUCACAUAAUCAAACUCUAUCAGGUGAUGGAGACCAAAAGUAUGCUGUACCUUGUGACAGAAUAUGCCAAAAAUGGAGAAAUUUUUGACUAUCUUGCUAAUCACGGCCGGUUAAGUGAGUCUGAAGCGAGGCGCAAAUUCUGGCAAAUCCUGUCUGCUGUGGAUUAUUGUCAUGGUCGGAAGGUUGUGCACCGUGACCUCAAGGCUGAAAAUCUCCUGCUAGAUAACAACAUGAACAUCAAAAUAGCAGAUUUUGGUUUUGGAAACUUCUUCGAAAACGGUGAACUGUUGGCAACAUGGUGUGGCAGCCCCCCAUAUGCGGCCCCAGAAGUCUUUGAAGGGCAGCAGUAUGAAGGGCCACAGCUGGAUAUUUGGAGCAUGGGAGUGGUUCUUUAUGUCCUUGUCUGUGGUGCUCUGCCUUUUGAUGGACCAACUCUCCCAAUCUUGAGGCAGAGGGUUUUGGAAGGAAGAUUCCGGAUUCCAUAUUUCAUGUCAGAAGAUUGUGAGCACCUGAUUCGAAGGAUGUUGGUCCUAGACCCGGCUAAACGGCUCACCAUAGCUCAGAUCAGGGAGCAUAAGUGGAUGCUUGUGGAAGUUCCUGUGCAGAGACCUGUUCUCUAUCCGCAAGGGCAGGAAAAUGAGCCAUCCAUUGGAGACUUUAAUGAACAGGUUCUGCGAUUGAUGCACAGCCUUGGAAUAGAUCAACAGAAAACCAUUGAGUCUUUGAAGAACAAGAGCUAUAACCACUUUGCUGCCAUUUAUUUCUUGCUGGUGGAGCGCCUGAAAUCACAUAGGAGCAGUUUUCCUGUGGAGCAGAGACUUGAUGCCCGCCAGCGUCGGCCUAGCACCAUCGCUGAACAAACAGUUGCCAAGGCACAAACCGUGGGGCUCCCAGUGACCAUGCACUCACCAAACUUGCGGCUGAUGCGAUCAGGCCUCCUACCACAGGCCUCCAAUGUAGAGCCCUUUUCAUUUCCUGCAUCCGGCUGUCAGGCAGAAGCAGCAUUUAUGGAAGAAGACUGCGUUGACACUCCAAAGGUCAAUGGCUGCCUGCUGGACCCGGUGCCUCCUGUCCUGGUGAGGAAGGGGUGCCAGUCACUACCCAGCAACAUGAUGGAGACCUCCAUCGACGAAGGGCUGGAGACAGAAGGGGAGGCUGAGGAAGACCCCAGUCAGGCCUUUGACACCUUCCAGUCCACACGCAGCGGGCAGCGACGGCAUACUCUGUCGGAGGUGACCAACCAGCUUGUGGUGCUGCCUGCCUCAGGGAAACUUUUCUCCAUGAGUGACAACCCCUCCCUGGACAGUGUAGACGCUGAGUAUGACAUGGGAUCUGUUCAGAGGGACCUGAACUUUCUGGAGGAUAAUCCUUCCCUUAAGGACAUCAUGUUAGCCAACCAGCCCUCCCACCGAAUGACGUCUCCCUUCAUAAGCCUGAGACCUGCCAACCCCGCCAUGCAGGCCCUGGGUGCCCAGAAACGGGAGGCCCACAACAGGUCACCAGUGAGCUUCAGAGAGGGACGCAGGGCAUCUGACACCUCCCUCACCCAAGGAAUUGUAGCAUUUAGACAACAUCUUCAGAACCUGGCUAGAACCAAAGGAAUCCUAGAAUUGAACAAAGUACAGUUGCUGUAUGAACAGAUAGGACCUGAGGCUGACCCUGACUUGGUGUCUGCAUCUCCUCAGCUUCAGGACCUGCAUAGCAGCUGCCCUCAGGAGGAAGUCUCUCAGCAGCAGGACAGCGUCCCCACGCUCCCUGGCAGUGUGCACGCGCAGCUCUCGCAGCGCCAGAGCCUGGAGGCCCAGUACCUGCAGCAUAGACUCCAGAAGCCCAGCCUUCUGUCAAAAGCCCAGAAUACCUGUCAACUUUAUUGUAAAGAACCACCACGGAGCCUUGAACAGCAGCUGCAGGAACACAGACUCCAACAGAAGCGACUCUUCCUCCAGAAACAGUCUCAGCUGCAGGCAUAUUUCAAUCAGAUGCAGAUAGCAGAGAACUCGUACCCACAGCCGAGCCAGCAGCUGUCCCUGCCACACCAGGAGACGCCACCGCCGUCCCAGCCACCGUCGUUCAGCCUGUCCCAGCCCCUGAGCCCCGUCCUGGAGCCUGCCUCUGAGCAGAUGCAGUUCAGCCCUUUCCUCAGCCAGUACCAGGAGAUCCAGCUGCAACCCCUGCCCUCCUCGCCAGGCCCCCGAGCCCCACCUCAGCUGCCUGCUCACUUGCAGCAACCACCUCCACCACCGCCGCCACCGCCGCCACCACAGCAGUCGGGAGCUGCCCCUUCGCCCUUACAGUUCCCCUACCAGACUUGUGAGCUGCCAGGCGCUGCCUCCCCUGACCCAGACUACCCCACCUCCUGCCAUUACCCCAUGGACGGGGCCCAGCAGAGCAGCAUGGCAGCGCCCAACUGCCCCCGGAGCUCAGGACUGCAGGAGGCCCCCUCUAGCUACGACCCUCUCACUCUCUCCGAGUUCCCUGGACUCUUUGAUUGUGAAAUGCUGGAGGCUGUGGACCCACAGCACAAUGGCUACGUCCUGGUGAAUUAACCUCAGCACAGGGAGACAGGUUAAGUGAAGGAAGAGUGUGUAUUCCUAUUUUUAUUCCAGCCUUUUACAUUUGAAGCUUACUUUCCUGCCCUCCCCCUAAAGGGGGAAAAAAAUCAAGUCGCCCAACUGGAAUCGGAGGGCCCGGCUAGGUGGAUGUCACUCUCUCCUGGCUUUGUCCCACCACAAGUGUUCUGUGGCAGUGCUGGAACAUAGUUGUAGGCUGGAACUCGUGUGCUUAGGUCAAAUGGAGCAAGCUCUCCUGGGAACACCAAUAAUCGUGUUAUAGAAAACCAGACCUAGGUUUUGUGCAGAACUACACCUAUCCAUUACCAAGGGGAACCUUGGUGAAUGCAGGAAAAAAAAAAAAAAAGUGUGCCAUUAUAUGUGGGCAAAAUUAAAAAGGCAAUAUAUUUUUGACUGAAUUCAGGCAACUUAUGUCUUCGAGGCAAACCAAGAAUACACAGCGGAAUUGAUGCACAGGAACUGAAACUGUACUUCGUCAUUAUUGAGUCCGAAGUUCUGAGCUGCUGGUGCAAGUUGUCCCCAAGGCCACUGCAAAGCAGUGAAGUAUGAGCCUUGUUUCAGGGGCCACAAAUAACAGCUGGUACUGACCCCUGAGACUGGCAGGUGUCUCCAUCUGGGAGAGGUGACACCCACCCGCACUCCCACCCCCCCCCCAAAGGUGCCCUGGACUGCAGUGUCAGAGUGUGUGCAGAGUGCCUGUGAUGUCACCUGCAGA